UUGGACUGGAAAUGGCUUUGGCAGCAACCGCUCCCCCGGAACCAGUGCCGGAAGGUCACCCCCGGGCACGACAGCUGAUGAGCGACUCUCCCGGAGCCGCCCCCUCUCCAGCAAAGUCCCGCUGAUCGGAGCCGGAGCGGGAGCGGGGACAAGAUGAUACCAGAAUUAGAAAAAAGCACAGUCCGUAUCAGGGAACCAGAUCGUGUCAAAGAAAUCAUCUCCUCCCUCCGUGAUGGGGGAGCAUCCAAACUUCAGGUCAUUACGGAUUUCGAUAUGACUUUAACCCGAUUCGCCAACAAUGGCAAAAGAAGUCCAACCUGUCACAAUAUUAUUCAUGACAGCAAGCUAGUUAGUGAGGAAUGCAGGAUAAAGCUGAAGGACCUUCUUAACACUUACUAUCCCAUUGAGAUCGACCCCUCUCGCAGCAUCGAAGAGAAGCUCCCCCUGAUGAUUGAGUGGUGGACAAAAGUCCAUGAGCUCCUUGUAGGGCAGAGGAUCCAAAAGAGCAAGCUGGCCGAAAUUGUGAAGGAAUCAGAAGCUCAGCUGAGGGAUGGAUACAGAGUUUUAUUUGAUAAACUUCACAAAUGCAAUGUUCCUGUCUUCAUAUUCUCGGCUGGUGUUGGCGACAUUUUGGAGGAAAUAAUCCGACAAGUUGGCAUCUAUCACCAAAAUGUCACGGUGGUGUCAAAUUUCAUGGACUUCGAUGAGAAUGGGGUUCUGAAAGGAUUUAAAGGUGAAAUUAUCCACAUUUAUAACAAGCGGGAAGGUGCCCUGCGGAACACUGAACACUUCCAGCAGCUGAUGGGGCACAGUAACAUUGUUCUCCUGGGAGACUCACUGGGAGAUCUCAGCAUGGCUGAUGGAGUGCAGAAUCAGGAGAACAUCCUGAAGAUUGGGUUUCUGAAUGACAAGGUCGAUCAGCUGUUAGACAAAUACCUGGCCUCGUAUGACAUUGUUCUCCUGAGUGACGAAACCUUGGAUGUAGUCAAUGGAAUCUUGCAGCACAUUCUCAAUCCUGGUCAAUAGUUAAAUUGUUCUCAGGACAAUUACUAAUUCUGCAAACAUCAAUGUUGGCUCAAGCUUGGAGCGAUAGCUGGAGAUUUAAUUAAUGUGAUUUGUGAUGCACAAGGCACUCUUUACUAAGCAGGGUUAGAACAACUAGAUUCACCCUGUUGAUCGUACAGCAUUUUAAAACGCGUGGAGACUCUACAGAGAAUAGUGUCAAAAUUAGCCUAAGAAAAUCUACUUUCUUAAUAUUCUGUUAUUUUGUAUCGAUAACUUGUGUUCUUAAAAACAUUAAUUUGACUGAAGAAGCAUCAUGUCUGGCAGAGGAAAAGGUGGAGCGAAGCUGCACCGCAAAGUGCUUCGUGAUAACAUCCAGGGCAUCACUGAACCAGCCAUCCAUCACCUGGCUCGCUGUGGCAGUGAAAAGCGGAUCUCGGGCCUGAUCUCCAAGGAGACCCGUGGGGUGCUGAAGGUUUUCCCGGAGAAUGUGAUCAGGGAUGCGGUCACCUACAGUGAGCACGCCAAGCGUAAGACGGUCAUGGAUGUGGUGUACGCUCUGAAACGCCAGGACCCCUCUCUCUCUCUAUGGUUUUGGUGGCUGAACAAAUUGACUCAAUUCUAACAAAACCCACAAUUGAAGGGCUUUUACCUUGCAGCCCCCUUCACCCUCCUGCUGGUCUCUCAUUUCACAGUACUGAUUUUAAAUAAAAAUUUUGCACUAUAA